UGGUCACUGACUCUGAAAGAAAUGGGCCCCAUGCCUCUCCCUUUGCUUUUCCUUCAUUUUCCCCUGUUCUCUCAAGAGGGAUCUCAGUGACCAACCCCAAUGACCACUGAAAGCUGACCUUUAACUAGUACUUCAUUAUUACAAUUGAAAUGAAUCAUCUAGAAGAGUAAAGAGUAGUGGCCCUACAGUUGUUGAUUACAGAGGAAAGAUACUUACUACGUGUAAGAAAUAGAUAAAGUGGCUGUGGCACGACAACGCUACGGCGAGAACGAACUACGUUGAUUCUCGGAGCAGGACACGUUGGGACAUACCAAGUCUCGGCUUUAUACCAUCUGGCAGCUGCCUCGUCUUGCCAGGCACAUGAAUCAAUCACCCCCCUUCCCCUAACUACUUGCUGAAGUUACCCCCCGAAUGGGUAAACUACUACUACUACAACUAAGAAUCAAUCAAGCUCAAGCACCGGCGCAAGCAGUAGAGGACAAGUAGGCUGGUUGACCCCCUUCAGCACGCGCUCACUCAAGAAAACUACCUAAGAAAGGAAAGGCUUCUAGGACGUCGGCAAACGUUGCGACGUCGCGAAUUUCGACAAUGCAGUACAUAAUUUUUGUUUUAUAGUAAAUGCUGAGCAGUCAGUGAUUGUGAUAUCUAGUACUCUUGUUGUUGUUGUUGAUACUGUUUCUGCUCUUAAUAUCAAAUAUUGUUUGAUGAACUACUUGUUGAAACGAUGGACUCUCUUGUUAAUAUUGUUAAUAAUAUUGAACAAUAUUGUUCGAAAUCGAACUUGAAGGGCAUCUUUAUCCUGUUAGCAUGUUGUUACUAACUUGAAACGCAUUUUUACCUUGUCAGCAUGUUGUUAGAAGUAACGUCUUGAAACACAUCUUUAUCUAGUUAACAUGUUGUUACUCAUUUGAAACGCAUUUUUAUCUUGUGACGAGCAUGUUGUUAGAAGUAACUUCUUGAAACACAUCUGAUCUUUAUCCUGUUAGCAUGUUGUUACUAACUUGAAACGCAUUUUUACCUUGUCAGCAUGUUGUUAGAAGUAACGUCUUGAAACACAUCUUUAUCUAGUUAACAUGUUGUUACUCAUUUGAAACGCAUUUUUAUCUUGUGACGAGCAUGUUGUUAGAAGUAACUUCUUGAAACACAUCUGAUCUUUAUCUUGUUAACAUGUUGUUACUCACUUGAAACGCAUUUUUAUCUUGUCAGCAUGUUGUUAGAAGUAACGUCUUGAAACACAUGUUUAUCUUUUUAGCAUGCUGAUGUCAAUGAUGUCAGGAUCAAAACCAAUUCACACGUCCUCACUCAUAUAUCACACACUCACUCAACAUCAGAUCGCCUACGCCUACCAGUACGGUUCAGAAAACGUGGGCCCACUGGGUGCUUCUCACUUCGUCGGUUCCUCUCGGGUAUUAUGGCUCUGAGUAUAAUAUCAUGAAAAAAUAGUUGUACACGACAGCGUCUGUGUGCAUCCUGCUGCUGCUAGUAGUAGUAGUAUUAGUAGUGGCAAACCCAUUCGCGGGGUACACUGUCCAAAAAAUACAGUGGGAAGGGGAGUUUGUGCUCAUCAUCAUCCUUGCUUUUUCCCUGGAAAAAGAAGCCAACGGCGCCCUUGUUUCAACAGUAACAUUAUAGCCGACCUUCCCAAACCAACCCUCUAACCAUAUCCUGUUGUUUUUUGUCUGGCAUGGGGGAUUAUUUCCCUGGGCGUAGAAAAAGGGGCGCUAGUGGAUAUGGCAAAGCAGGACUCAGCAUUAAGGCAAUAGCAAAAUGUUUUCAUAUUCUGAUCAAAAAAUCUAAUUGGUGUUAGUAUCAACAUAGCAAGAAACGACGUUACUACGAGUACUACGCUGGUGCAAUACUACUACGUAGUACUUCUACUUACACCACUUUUAGGGCUCUGCAAAGCAACACACAGACAGCAGUGUGCACUGUACUAGUAUCUAUGCAUACAUAGACAGCAUAUCCCACAGACAUCGCUCUUGUUUCGACUUUUUAUACAUAGGUCCUCUAAUGAGCGAACUAGAAACGAAGUUCAACAAAGUGCCAAACGGUGACCAGAUACGCGCACUUUUUGACCUCCAUAAAAAUUUAGGAAUUCGGACACUCGGGAUCAUACAGGUGCUUUAAAUUUUCGAUUAUGGUAACAAAGAAUCAAUACCACAGGAGCUUAAUUAUUUACAAUUAACCCUUACUCCCUCCCCUUGCAACCAGACAAUACCUCGCGAACAGGUAAGUGAAUGAAUGAAUGAAGCUACAACCGAAAACACUCCCUAGAAAGCCUGUAAAGACCCUCUAAAAUAACCCGGUGUGCUCGUUACUUUAAAAUCAUUCCUUCCUCCCAAACAUCCCUUAGGAAGAGAGAACAGAAAGGAAGACUUGAGCUUAAACCCAAGAAGUGGAUUAAUGACUUACUAAUGAAAGCGGCUACAAUCUAAGGAAUUCAUCACUCUUCUCAUUACAUGAAGAGAGCUCCCGAACCCACCACUACCUGACCAAAACCAGCUCUGUAUUACUCUGUUCGCGUGCGGUGUAGCGGAAACAGGAGUAAGGAUAUUAAGGCUAGUAUUUCAUGUUCAUGAUUAGUUACAUCCCCGGUCGUCUGGACUAAAUCUGCAUGUUUCAUUUUCAUGAGUUGUGAACCAAGUCCACCAGUUGUGGUUUCAAGAAGAAACGUCAACUUCUUAAGGAUGAACUACAUUCUCUUGCAUUUCUUAAGGAACUACAUUCUCUUGCAUUUCUUAAGGAACUACAUUCUCUUGCAUUUCUAAGGUUAUCCGGGUGUCACACUGGCUGUGCGCGCAUAUAUAAGAAAUCCUGCACUUGA